AUGAUCGUUCAAAUACUGCAGAAAAAAACUGUUUUAACACCUACACCCACUAAAAAAAAGAAAAUUAACUUGGAAGAAAAACUAGCUUUGUUUUUGGACUCGAGACAACAAAGUAGUUAUGAACUAAACCGAGAUACUGAUGAUGAGGACCUAAACUUCUAUAAGUCAACAUUGCCAUUAGUUAAGACAUUGAAUAUGGAACAAAAAAUGCAAUUCCGAAUCCAACUUAUGCAGCUUCUACAAGGUAUAAAGCUAACCAAUAACACACCUCCAUAUUUCCAACCACCCGUUCCAAUUUUCAACCACAAUUCCGGUGUACCGAUAUCUACAUUAAAUCAUAGUUAUAACACUUCUAUGCCCGUGUACCCGUCUACAAUACCGGUGUACAGCCAUGACGAAUUGGCACAAACAAGUUCAGCUCGAACAAUUUCACCGUUGUCUUCAAACAAUUCCGUUACUGGAUAUUUUAGCCAGUUUUCUCCAGACGAACAAAACUUAGUAUCAAAUACGUCAUCGAAUAGUAUGUAA